AUGCCACAGACUCCGGGACACUCGCGCAAUCAUUCGGGCGUUGACGCUGCGUACCAGUACAAUAGUGUCAACUCCUCCCCUCAAAAUAGACGAACAUCCAGGUCCUCCGCCGAUCCAGCAACGCCCUUACGCAGCAGCUUCAACAACCAAGAUGCUCUGGAUAUCUCAUAUGCAAGCGGAGGCAUGGACGGAGGCAACGGCAUAGGCAAUCUUGCAGACGAACUGGCCGACGCCUUCUCCGACUCCGGAGACGAAGGAGAAUAUUACGAAGAAGAGACAAACAACGCCGAAAACAACGGAAGCGGAACACCAAAUAUCAAUGUUGAAGAAGCCACCUUCGAGGGAAUAAGGGACAGCGGGGUCGAUGUCGCAAGUCUCGGCGAAGCUGGCGGCAAGGGGAAGAACUUCAACCUUGGGCCACCACCAGCCGCUCAACGCGGUCAUCGACGGAGCGGGAGUGAAUACGACGGAAGCGAGUAUGGAUCCGAGUCUGAUCUCGACUCCCCCGGCAUGCUGCCCAGCCUGGUCGCCAAGAUGGACGCUGUCGAGUCUUUGGCGAGGAGGGGGACCGAGAGUAAUGGAGGACCUACGGAUGGUGUCUUCAACCGGGUGACGGACGGCUUGAGAGAUUUGGGCUCUCAAGCCGGCGUCGAGGGCAGUGCGACAAGGCAAACCCGGCAACUACACAACUUGACCUUCCCACUCCUCUCUCCACUUGUUCCGCCGCCGGAUUCGGAGACCAUUGAUGAGCUGCUACCCCUUUUGAUCGAGCUAUCCGAGUCGAUGCCGCGGCCGACAACGAAAGCCUACGACUCCCUCACCGCCCUCCACACUCUCACCUCCGACCUCGUCCAGAGUCUCAACUAUCUCUCAGACACGCUCCACAUGUCUAGGCAAACAACCACAACGGCCACGCGUCGCUUGAAGAGCGCCAAGGAGCUGGUUGCCGAGAUCAAGAGGGAAGAAGAGCUCCGCGAAGAGGGCGAGAGGUGGAUCAACCGAGGUAACUGGAGUGAGAGGCUGGCCAAUCGUGAGUGCGCGAGCGUAUGCGGAGAUGUCGUCGGCGGAUUCGAGGAAGUGUGCAACAGCUGGCGGGCCCGAUUGCUGGAGCAAGCCGGCGCGGCACAAGCCUAG